AUGUACAUGUACUCUGCUCUACUCUACUCUGCUCUACUCUACUCUGCUCUACAAGAGAGGCAACGGGGAAUUACCAUCAACCCAUUCGACGCACCUAUUUUAUCGUGCAAUCGAGAUGAAAUAUCGACCAACACCAACACACAAGAUCUCCUCAUUACCACCGUCCUCCUCGUCGACAACAGACGACAUCCGAGCCAUCCUCACCGUAACAAACAGCUUCCUCAACGCGCUGCACACCAAGUCACGCGCCGACUUCGAAAAAUGCUGCUUCCCAGCCGGUGGCAUGUCACUGUGCGGACCGGCCGUGGUGCCGCUGCGCUUCGUCUCGCUCAACUCGUACAUCAACUGCGUCACGAAGCUGGAGGAGGACCUGGAGGAGCGCAUCUGGGACCCGGACGUGCGCGUCAGCGAGAGCGGGAACCUGGCUAUGGUGUGGGCGCCGUUUCAGGCCAAGAUCAAUGGCCGGCUGGACCAUGUUGGGGUGAAUCUGUUUGUCAUGCACAAGAUUGA